ACCCGCCACUCAAUUAAACCCGAACCAGGAAAACCCGAAAAAACAGAGAGAUCGGAGAAAAUGAGGAACGAGAAGGUUACAUUGAAGAAGAAGAUUAGAGGAAUCAAGCUUGGGAGGAAAGUAGGGACGGCGUUCAGGUGGGUAAUCCGACCGAGAAGCGCGAUUCGAUCGAUGAGGAACCCGAUUUCGGGGAUUCUGUCGAUGAUCCGGGUCCUGCAGAGGAGGGCUCUGGAAACGGUGAAUGUUUCGGGUCGGAGGGAUUGCGUCCAGCUGGGCCGGGUCAAACCGGUGGAGGAUUCGCCGCCGCCGAAGGGCCACCUGGCGGUGUACGUGGGCGAAUCCGACGACGACACGAGGCGGGUCGUGGUGCCGGUGAUUUACUUCAACCACCCGCUGUUCGGGGAGCUGCUGGAGGAGGCAGAGCGGGUUUACGGGUUCGACCGGCCGGGCGGGAUCAGCAUCCCGAUCGGGUAUUCAAAGUUCGAGAAGGUGAAGAUGAGGAUCGACGCCUGGGACGGCGGGGUUGACCGCCGCCGGCGGGCGUUUCUGCCGGCGGUGCGGUUUUAGUUUAGAUUAGAUUGGAUGGAUUCGGUAUUAUCAGGAGAUUUUAUCUUAAUUCCUUCUUCAUCUUUUUUUCAUUAUUAAUUUUCUAAAUGAUGAUGAUCUGUUAAUAGUAAGGGUUUGUGGAUUCAUCUGGAUUUGGAAAUGGAUAAUGGAGAUGGCUUAUGGUGGAAAAUACAUUAUAAUUAGCUAAGUACGUUUAAUUUCAUAAAUGGAAAAAAAUCAAUGGUUUUAAGUACGUUUCUUUCCACUCCCAUUGAAUUACAAUAACCAGCAUAAUGAGCAUCGGAAAUGUGAUUAAAUUCCCUAAGUUAGAUUAAUUAGGAGGUGGUGAUACAGUAAACGAACGGCAGAUCAAUUAGAGAAUGGAGUGAAGGUGGUGGUUGGGCUACGAAACCACGGAAAGGGAAAUAAAGAAUUUGUUAUGUG